CCUGGAAGGAUUUCUCUUUCUAAAUCCCAUUUUUUGUUUUUUGUGGUUUUUUUUUUCCCCAGAUGUUCCCUGCUGGGCUCUAGGAUGUUGGAGAACCGAGAGGAAGAGCUGACCACGGUGCGGGUGCAGGAUCCCCGCGUGCACAACGAGGGCUCCUGGAAUUCCUACGUGGAUUACAAGAUCUUCCUGCACGUGAGCUGGGGCUGGGACAUGGAGGGGGAGAGCUGGGAUUGGGAUGAGCCCUGGGAGAGCUGGGAUUGGGAUGAUCCUCGGGAUCACAUCCUGGAUCCGGCAUCCAGGGGAUCCUGGUGGGAGGGGCCAGCAGGUCACACAGGUGCCCGCAGUGACCUGCCCGUGUCCCUGUCCCCAGGACCGGCCCGUGUCCCUGUCCCCAGGGUGGUGCAGAGCGCCGUGCUGCUCUCCGACAGCCGCCUGCACCUGUUCCUGCAGAGCCAGCUGCCCGUGGCCGCCAUCGAGGCGUGCGUGCAGGGCCGGGGCCCGCACUCGGUCACCGAGGCCAUCCUGCACUACGCCAUGGUGGGCCCGGCCUGCUCCAGGGCUCGGUGCUUUCACAAAAUCCUGACAUUCCCUGGAUCCCUUUUCCUGCUCUUUUCCAGCUGUGCUGGCCUGGAGAGCUUCCCCUACUGGAGUGACUUUGGCAUGGACGAGGCACGGCCGGAGAGCCCAGCUGGACACAGAGUGACCCCUCUGGACAGCCCAGAAUGUCCAGCUGGACACAGAGUGACCCCUCUGGACAGCCCAGAGUGUCCAGCUGGACACAGAGUGACCCCUCUGGACAGCCCAGAGUGUCCAGCUGGACACAGAGUGACCCCUCUGGACAGCCCAGAGUGUCCAGCUGGACACAGAGUGACCCCUCUGGACAGCCCAGAGUGUCCAGCUGGACACAGAGUGACCCCUCUGGACAGCCCAGAGUGUCCAGCUGGACACAGAGUGACCCCUCUGGACAGCCCAGAGUGUCCAGCUGGACACAGAGUGACCCCUCUGGACAGCCCAGAGUGUCCAGCUGGACACAGAGUGACCCCUCUGGACAGCCCAGAGUGUCCAGCUGGACACAGAGUGACCCCUCUGGACAGCCCAGAGGAGCCCCAGGAUGUCCAGCCGGACACAGAGUGACCCCUCUGGAGAGCCCAGAGUGUCCAGCUGGACACAGAGUGACCCCUCUGGACACCCUCAGGCCCCGCUGCCCUCGCUGGGAGAGGGAUCAGUGUGGAGCCACUGGGAUGGACUGGGAGCACUGGGAGUGCGGCUCCAGCCGUGUCCGAGCUCUUUCCAAUCGGAUUUCCGAUAUUCCUGAUGUUCGCUGAUAUUCCUGCCGUGUUUUCCUCACUCUGCUCCUGCCUCAAAUCCCUCUGGAAUCCCUGAACUGGGCUCAAAUCCCUCUGGAAUUCCCAAACUGGGCUCCACUCCCUCUGGAAUCCCCAAACUGGGCUCCAGUCCCUCUGGAAUUCCCAAACUGGGCUCAAAUCCCUCUGGAAUUCCUGAACUGGGCUCAAAUCCCUCUGGAAUCCCCAAACUG